GGAAGUAGUCGUGUUUGUCUACACGAACUUCACUGAGUUGCACAUCGAUGCUCAUUUUCAACCUGCGGUCAACAGCGUCGGCCUUCUUGUUCAUCCGUUCAUCUUCAUCUUUAGGGAAGCAGCUCGACUACAAAGAACGAUCGGCAACAUUUGCACACUGGUAGCAGCUGUGUUCCAGUUUAACGAUGAUGGAGAAAUCAAGCAGCCAGUACGACUCGUUCCUGUUCUGGAGGCAACCCAUCCCGGCCCUGGACCUUUCCGAGCUGCGGGAGCUGGGCUUGCUCGAUGGACCUCGCAACCAGGCCCGUGAUGAGCUGAUUGGACGGGACCCGCACGAGGAGGAGCUGACCGAGUUUUCUGCCUUCAACUACUGGAGGGAUCCAAUCGCCGAUGUGGACGUGUUGCUGGCAGACCUCAACCUGUUGCUCUGAGCCCCGCCCUCAACCUCUGACCCCUCGCCCCCUCCUAGGAAGCAUGGUUAGAAAGCUGUCGUGAUGUCACUUUAAGUUGCUGCAUGUUGUCAUGUGAGCCUGCAAACCGACAGCUUAGCUUAUCACUUUUGUAAUUAUAUUGCUUUAUUUUUCAAAGUCCAAACUCAGUUUCCAUAUUAAUAUAUUUUAUGAUGUCUUGAUGUAUUUAUUUCUUGCUGCUGAUUUGAUGUUUCACUCUGAUCCGGCAUCACACCGAAGCCACUGGACAAGAGAAACAUGUUUGCCUUCUGAAUGUACCAAUGGCAACAAUUAAAUUGAUUUCCUUUUAUUGUA